UUUUUUUUUUUGGUAUCGUGUUGUCUGCCAAUUGAGUUUGCUUUACCCAUUGUCUUACUGCCUGGACUUCCUUGGCGUGAAGAUUACCCCUAUUUUACUUGAAUGCCAAGCUCAACAGUAGUAUAUCACUCUACUUCAUCAGACCUGGCGUCAACCUUACCCAAUCCAAAGUCCUCAACAACAUCUAAUUUGAAAAUGUCUGUAACCAUGGCCUUGAGCGAGCAACGCCCAUAUGAUAGCCAACCGAAGCAACAGUCGUUGCACAAUUCUCCAUACGAUCAAUCGCAUUCUUAUCAACAGUCCUCAAAUGACCCGGCAUAUCACCAGCAACACCAGUCUCAACAUCAGCCUCUGCUUCCUCGAGGUUUUCACAUCUCUGUCAAACCAGAGUCAAAGGACUCCAGUAUGGACUCUAGCCAUUACCAACCCUCUCCUUAUGACCAUCAGCACUACAGAAGCCAUAGACGGAUGCUCGAUGACGAUGAUGAGGAUGAAGAUGACGAAAUCGAGGAUGACGAUGAUGACGACCAUCCUGGCUAUCAGAGUACCUAUCAUUCUGCCUACAAUACCGCGUACAACAGCGCCUGUAAUAGUGAGAGCGAGGACGUCAACAUGGAAGGCGUGACAAUAAAGGAGGACAAUCCUGAUCAGGACAUGAUAGAUCCACCUUCCUCUUCUGCAUCUUCUUCUUCUUGCUCUCUUCCUUCCACUUCUCGCCAUUCACACAUUUCAACUCUGGGAUAUCAACCACACUACCUUUCGUCACAACCUCAACAAGCCCAAGCGUCUCAACAGCAUUAUCAGCAUCAACAGCACACGUCUCAUUCGCAAGUCCAAUCCUCACCAUCCUCCUCUUCCUCUCCAUCUUCAUCCAACAACAAAACAGCGACAGCUGUGCAAGCCCCGCUAGUUAAUAUUAAACCACGGCCUACCCUUAGACCUCUACUACCCUCAAGACCCACGAGUCCUCAACCCAUCUGUCUCACUCGUUCCGGUGCCCAGUCCUCUGACAUGAAUGUCUCCAAGGACAGCUCGCCUAGCAGCAAAUCCUCGACAUCGGUCAACACCUCUAGCUCUGGUACAGCAACGACAUCCACAGGCAAGACGCGUCAGUCUGCAUACAAGAUUAACGGCCUCAACAUCCUCAACAGGAAUAGUCUCGAUAGUCGUACCGCCCUCGAAAUGAUUCGCCGUCGACGAGAAAACCAUAACCAUGUUGAACGUCGUCGACGUGAUACACUCAACUCGACUAUCUUACAAAUCGCCGAGAUCUUGCCCAAUUGCUCUUCGACUGCCAAGCUUAACAAGGGUACAAUCCUUCGAUUAGCAUUGGAGCAUCUUCGGGCACUUCAUACUGAGAAUCAUUCACUGAGAUCAGAGAAUGCUGCCCUGCGUUUCUUCUACCAGGGUUCGCAGAUGCGUCGUAAUGGCCCAAAUGGCCCACAUUCUGGUCCUUCUCACACCAAUCCGCAGCAUCCACAGCCGGCUGCACGUGGAAGCGCCACAUCUGCUAGCGGAAUAAGCACCCCACCCAUCAUCCCAGGACCUGGUCAAGGAACCAUUCCAAGCUUGGCUCCAAUGGGUUCAUCUACGCAGUCACACACACAAUUUGGCUCAAAUGUCACGUUAUCGUCUGUUCCUGGCUCUGUCUCCAACAGCCCUCCUGAACAGCAUUCAUCAUCAAGCAGUGCUGCGACCAAGAGACCAGUGUCGACAAGCGGACAUCUUCAUCCUAUCUUGCCCAAGAGUCAGGCAUCAAAAGUCUCGCCUUCGUCGAGUCCUCGUCCUAGACUCCUGCCACAUCCUUUCACUGGCAUAAAGUCUUUCAAUGACAUUCAUGUCGGGCCAUCACCAAUGUCCAGUCCCUGUUCUUCGCCACCUCUAGCGCCCAUGGCUCCUCACCCACAGACAUCUGUCAACUCCAAUGCUUUAGCAAGUGCUCUUCCUACAGUGCCUGCUAGUCAUCAUCAUUCAGCCGCAGUUUCUGCUGCUGCUGCUGCUGCUGCCGCUGCCGCCGCCGCCGCCGCGGCAGCAGCAGCGGCAACGGUAUCAGUCUCUGGGACAGGAGCAUCAAGUUCGUCUUUUGGUAGUAGCGGCAACCGAUCGCUUUUGCCAUCAGAAACUUUGGCUGCUCGCGAUCAAAAAACCGGUAGUGGUGGUAGCGGCCAUGCUGGCAACUAUAGCUCGCAGUUGCCUGCGCUGCCAAUGGUCGCUACCACUGGGGCUGGAUCCGACAAGAGCCGGAAGCAUUCUGCGCAUUCGACGCACUCAUCCAUCUCUUCGGCACCCUCUUCUGGAACACCUUCUGCGACGACUUCUCCCUAUACCUCGCCCUAUCCUGCUCCUGCUGGACAUAGCCAUCCUCAACAACAGUAUGCUUCUCAGCAGCAUCAGCAUGCACAGUAUCCUCCUCACCACCAUCCACAGGGGUCUGGAAUCGUACUUCCAUCGAUUGGUACUGUCACGAACCCGUCGAGUCCCAUGACAUCGCCCCAUCACGGCCCAUUUCAGGGGACUUCUUUACCCCCACCUACUCCAAUGACUCUCCCAGCUCCCGUAGUUGGCCAUGACUUGUAUGGAAAGCAAUACCCGCAUCCAAGCCACAGCCACAGCCACAGCCACAGCCACAGCCAUAACCAUAGCCAUAGCCAUAGCCAUGGCCAUAACUAUAACCAGACGUCUCAUUCUCAUUCUCAUGCUCAUCCUCACCAUAGUCAUGGUGCUCAUACUCAUUCACAAGUUUCUUUACACGAAGGCUUGCCUACUUUACCUCCUUUGGCACCACGUUAAUCUUUUUGAUCUUUCCUUUAACGUUUGCUUUUUUGGGAAUAGUCUUGCAAUCCCAUGUACAACCAGUGUCUUUUAUGACUUUUUAUUAUUUAAUGUCCUGCAUAAACCUU